UGCACAGCUCAGUUGAAUGGUGUUCUGUGUGAAUGUGUUAAGUGUAAAAAGGUAUUUGACUCUGAGGUUCUGCCAAAUAAUGCAGGUUUCCAUCUAGAAUAUUUUAAAUUUGCACUCUGUACCCGAAAAGACAAAAACAAUUUAGUUGAACAUCUAAGGAAACCACCAGACAAUAAGAAAAGGCACCAGUGUAAUACAUGUGACAAAUCAUUUUGCAGUGUCUUUUGGUUAAAUAAUCAUGUUUCAAAAGUACAUUCAAUAGAAAAGCCAGGUAAAACAGAGAUUUGUACAAUCUGUGAAACAGGUUUUGUAAGCAAACAUGGCUUAUCAUGCCACAUUCGUCAAGUGCAUUAUAAAUUGAAAUACCAUCCCCUUGUUCAAUGUAAACUUUGUAACAAGUCAUUUUCAGAUAAAAGGGGUCUUAAACGACAUACUUCUCGGGUGCAUGAUAAAAAAGAAUACCAAUGUGGAGAAUGUAACAGGGACUUUGGUACUAAAUUUGACUUGGUGCAUCAUAUUGAAAAACAACAUUUGCCUCAAGAAGAAGAAUAUAAAUGUGCAGAUUGUGGCAGAGUGUUUAAUUUUAAACAGAAGUUGGUACGACAUCUUAGAAUGCAUCACUCAGGUAAAAAUCACGGCUACAAUUUAGUUGAACAUCUAAGGAAACCACAUGACAAUAAGAAAAGGCACCAGUGUAAUACAUGUGACAAAUUAUUUAGCAGUGUCUUUAGGUUAAAUGCUCAUGUUUCAAAUGUACAUUCAAUAGAAAAGCCAGAUAAAACAGAAAUUUGUACAAUCUGUGAAACAGGUUUUGUAAGCAAAGAUGGUUUAAAAUGCCACAUUCGUCAAGUGCAUUAUAAAUUAAAAUACCAUCCCCUUGUUCAAUGUAAACUUUGUAACAAAUCAUUUUCAGAUAAAAGGGGUCUUAAACGACAUACUUCUCGGGUGCAUGAUCAAAAAGAAUACCAAUGUGGAGAAUGUAACAGGGACUUUGGUACUAAAUUUGACUUGGUGCAUCAUAUCGAAAAACAACAUUUGCCUCAAGAAGAAGAAUAUAAAUGUGCAGAUUGUGGUAGAGUGUUUAAUUUUAAACAGAAUUUAGUACAACAUCUUAGAAUGCACCACUCAGGUACAAAUCACGGCUGUGAAAUAUGUGGGAAAAUGUUCAAGACUAGAGCAAGAUUAGGAUUACAUUUCAAAAUACACUCUGAUGAUAAACCGUUCGUCUGUCACACUUGUGGCAAAGCAUUUAAAAGAGAUUGUAAUUUACUGCAGCAUGAGUAUACACAUGCAGUCAACAGACCUCAUGAAUGCAACAUUUGUGGAAUGACAUUUAAACUAAGAACCCAUGUCAAACAACACAUGGCUGUCCAUGGAAUCGCCAGGAAUCACAAGUGUGUUGUCUGUGAGAAAACUUUUGCUAGCAAAAAACAACUGAACACUCAUCUGUCAACUCAUGGAUUGUGAUGUAACAUCCCUUACACAGCU